AUGUUUCCACACUUUUGUAAAAAUAUAGGCAGUAGUAGGCCGGCUUUCCGUAUUCCCCUACGUUCAUUAUCUACUGCAUCAGCUCAUGGUAAAGGAAAAUCAAAUAAAUUACUAGUAACGGGUGCCGCUGCACUGGGAUUAACGUCAGCUGGAUUACUAUAUAUAGGAUCUUUGACAGGUGAAGCGAUGACUGCUUCUGAGCAUGGUUUACAUCCACCUUCAUUCCCUUGGUCACAUAAGGGCCCCUUUGAAACUUUUGACCAUGCAUCCAUAAGAAGAGGCUACCAAGUUUAUAGAGAAGUUUGUGCUGCCUGCCAUUCCCUGGAUAGAGUGGCUUGGAGAACAAUGGUUGGUGUAUCACAUACAAAUGCCGAGGUCAAAGACAUGGCAGAACAAUUCGAAUAUGAUGACGAGCCAGAUGAGCAAGGUAAUCCAAAGAAAAGACCAGGUAAAUUGGCAGAUUACAUUCCAGGUCCCUAUCCAAAUGAAGAAGCCGCUAGAGCAGCCAAUCAAGGUGCAUUACCGCCAGACCUUUCUUUGAUCGUUAAGGCAAGACAUGGUGGCCCAGACUACAUUUUCUCUCUAUUAACGGGUUAUCCAGAGGAUCCUCCUGCCGGUGUAACUUUACCUUCAGGCGGUAAUUACAAUCCAUAUUUCCCAGGUGGCUCUAUAGCUAUGGCAAGAGUUCUCUUCGACGAUCUUGUAGAGUAUGAAGAUGGUACACCUGCAACAACAUCACAAAUGGCCAAGGACGUGACUACAUUCUUGAACUGGUGUGCAGAACCAGAAUUGGACGAAAGGAAAAGGCUUGGUUUGAAGACUAUGAUCGUACUAACCUCCCUAUACUUAUUGUCUGUCUGGGUCAAGAAAUUCAAAUGGGCAGGCAUAAAGACCAGGAAAUUCGUCUUCAAUCCUCCAAAAACUAAAAAGUAG